GAGAAAACCAUAUGUGACAAAAAGAAAGUAAGAAUAGAGAUUUAUGGAGGGCGGAAUGUUCCUAUAUGCAAAUCGCACUCAAUACAUUCGAUACGAGAACGAGAAAAGAACAAUGCAUCGUCAGAUUCCUUGAUUUCAUUAGAGUUGAACUUUAUUUUUCAUGUUUUGAAUGAUGCCAAUGUUUUGCCACAUGCUGUCUUUCUUUAAAUGUAAUAUGUCGCACGUGAAAACUGAGGAAUUUUCCCCUCCGCCUUCAAGGGUAUUUAGUGAAAGCAAAGGGUUUGAGACUGGGAAAGUUCUUAUGGCGAAGAGGAAAUGGAUUCAAGGGCUGACAAAGUGAGAUAUGUAAGGAAAGGCAAGUGCCACAUCUACGGGCGCUAUUGUUACGCCCAUUUGCGAGCACUGAGAGGGUAUGAUGUCAUGCAUUUAUCGUAUCUCCUCCGAGGCCAUUCCCGCGCGCACAUGGUAUUGCACGGAGUACACACAUGACAAGGAUAGGAAACGCUUUUGUUGUGACACGAGACUGCCUCUUUGAUCACUCUUCAUGGAGACCUCCAAGAUGAUGAUCCUUUCAAUACCCAUAGCUUGCCUUUUCCUGGUUGCAGUUGGUAUCCAUGGCCGAAAUAUCCCGUCAGCAGAGGGAAGUCCAGCUCGGGUCAUCGUCCUUCGCCGAAUGGCGAAAGGAAAUCCCAAAUGCACAGCAGCGAGGGUCACCCUCGAAACCAUCAAGGAGGGCUAUGAUGCAUAUAUGGACGAGACUAAGAAUCUUGAGGACGACCAAUUGGAAGACUUUGAUACUUGGGAGUGCCUCCAUCAUGUCACUGAGAUGGUUAUGGACACAGAAAAUCCGGAUAAUGUUGCCAUUUUCGCUGCACUCCACGAGUACCUGCUCACCUUGAAGGUGAUCCGGAUGGACCACGACGGAGUCCAUUUGAACGAGCCGGAAAACCUUAAUUACCUCGAGAACAUCAUCAACGACCUCAACGUUGCAGUUUGCGAGAUGAAACUGAGUCUGGAGGAUACCGAAGGCAUUUACAUAAAAGGGGAAGAAUGCAGUCUAUCAGAGCAAAUGGAAAAGUGCCGAUACGACGAACACCGAUGCGACCAGAAGUGCAGGAAUGGGAUAUUUCUCUGCAAUUUGAAGAAUUUAAUGGAAAUUUCCCUGGCCAAGGUCUGCGCGUCGUGACACCAACGUUCUUCCUUGAAGAUUCCGGAAUCUCACUUUGAGAUAUAAUUGCUUUGUCUUGAUGUCCAAAAUGCAAG